UCUGUUACAUGUGUAGGAAAAGUAUAUUCAAUGUUGAUUAAAUAUGUGUAAUAUUGUAUUUUAAAAUAUGAUUUUCGUAUUCGAAAUGAACUGUUAGCUAAAGUGUUAUUUUACGUUAGUGCUAGCCCUAAAGGACACGACGCUGUCCAGCCAAGACAAUAAAAGACAAACACCAAGAGACUGGUCAGCGUUGUUUUAGCUAGACACAGGCUUAAAGGGUAACAUUAAGUAGUAUAACCGUAACUACAUGUAACAUAUGGCUUUGCAUUAGUAUACGCAUCAAAACUCCCUAAGCAAAGUGACACUUCGCUUUUACAGUUUGAGUUAUUACAUAAAUCUGAUUAGAAUUCCGAAGGUGCAAUUUCGAAAUUGGGUAGGGCGUCUUUAGUUUCUCUUGUCAGGCGUUGCAUAACAAUUUAUAACUUGUCAGAAAUGUCCUGAUCAGGAAACAUGUCAGCAAACAUUUUAGCUAGAUUUUGUUAGCCCAUAGAUUUUGUUGUAAUGUUUGAGACACUCAAAGAUGACAUGAAUACACAUUAGACAUGGCAAAAUGUAUAGAAUUGCAAGAAAAUGACCUAUUAAAACAGCAAAAUGUUCUCUGCACCCUGUGACAAGAUGUGUAGAAUUGCUGGAAAUAUGCUUUAAUUCUGCUGAAUUCUCCCCACCAACCAGAGGGGUGUGAACAUUUUUAUCACGAACAGUGCUUGUGUCCAUAGAAAUAGACGUGGGAGCGAGAUGUUCCCCAAUGCUGGAAGGGGGGCCUGAGUGAAACCGUUUGGGAACCCCUGGUGUAGAGAGUCAUUGUACCAUCUAAACCACUGUGAAAUACUCUACAUGAGAAAGUAUGUGGACACCUGCUCGUCGAACAACUUAUUCCAAAAUCAUGGGCAUUAAUAUGGAGUUGGUCCCCCCUUUGCUGCUAUAACCGCCUCCACUCUUUUGGGAAGGCUUUCCACUAGAUGUUGGAACAUUGCUGCAGGGACUUGCUUCUAUUCAGCCACGAGGAUUAGUGAGGCUGGGCGAUUAGGCUUGGCUCGCAGUCGGUGUUCCAAUUCAUCCCGAAGGUGUUUGAUGGGGUUGAGGUCAGUGCUCUGCAGGCCAGUCAAGAUCUUCCACACUGAACUCAACAAAAAAUUUCUGUACGGACCUCGCUUUGUCCACAGGGGCAUUGUCAUGCUGAAACAGGAAAGGGCCUUCUCCAAGCUGUUGCUACGAAGUUGGAAGCAUAGAAUCGUCUAGAAUUUCAUUGUAUCCAUAUUAAUGCCCAUGAUUUUGGAAUGAGAUGUUCAACAGGCAGGUGUCCACAUACUAUUGGUAAUGUAGUGUAUGUAAUAACCCCAAAAUAUAACUGUUUGUACUUACGGGUAACCAGAUCGUGACUACAACUAAGUCUUUGACCACACUGUGUCCUUAUAUUGGACGCCGUGGGGCGGCAAGUAACCUAGUGGGUAGAGCGUUGGACUAGUAACCGAAAGGUUGCAAGAUCGAAUCGCCGAGCUGACAAGGUCUACAUGAGGAUUGACGACAACCGGGAUGUUCUUUGUUCAAAUCUAAGAUUCUAGGGUGAUGGACCUUCUUCCACUGAGAUGUUGAGGAUUGGAGAACCAUGGCUCAGUUUCAAAGCUUGAUAUGGAUACAGGGGACAUGGCCUUGCAAAAGCAAAUUAUUAUAUUUCCUCUUUGAAAAAAUCAAUCUGAAUGAACCUAGCUAUCAUUUUGACACUUCUAACCAUUGAGCGCUCUAGUGCAUGUGGUAGAGCAGAGUACAGAACAGGUGUUGAAUGCUGUCCUAUGUGUUCUCCAGGAAACCGGGUACAUAAACACUGUACAGAAUUUACAGUAACUUCCUGUGUCCCCUGUACCGACUCCACUUUCCUUGAUGAACCCAAUGGUCUUACAGCAUGCAUACCGUGCACAAACAACUGUGACCCAGGCAUUGGUUUGAAGGUAAAGCAGCCAUGUAGACCUUCAUCAGACACUGUCUGUGGGACACUGGAGGGGUUCUACUGUCUAGACCCAACUAAGGAUGGUUGUAGAGCAGCCCAGAGACACAGCAGCUGUAAACCUGGUCAAUACAUCAGUCACACAGGAACAACAUCUACAGAUACUGUGUGUUCUGACUGCCCUGGUAAAACUUAUUCAGAUGGUUCAUUAACAUCUUGUCAACCACAUACAGAAUGUGAAUUCUUGGAAAUAAAACCAGGAACUCCUUGGUCGGAUUCAGAAUGUGGAGUAGCCUCACUUCCCAUAGUUGGAAUCAUAGCUGGUGUUCUCAUAUGUUUUUUUCUGAUAGCCACCAUAGCUGGUGUUUGUUUAUUUAUGAGAAAAAUAGAAAUAGUGAGAACAAGACAAAACUUCGGUAAGAUGACUGGAAUUGUAUUUGUACCAUUCAUUGUUUUCCUUGCCUGUGAUAUUCAGUUUACUCUGUGAAUGCUACAUGUUCUA